AUGAGUCCGCCAAAGCUCAAAGAAGUCAACGUAUCACUUCCACGUAAAUUCGAUACCCCCGACGAGCCAUGGUAUCGCUACGUCACAAUAGACCUGCUGCACUAUGUCCUAGGCUACACCGUCUUCCAUCCAUUCGUAGCUUGCGUUCUCGUGCUCUGUCUGCGAGCGCAGUACACGCCAUGGCACGCGCUUGAGAUGCGUAUUGCGAUCGCGUGGGCCAUGCUCAUGUGUGCAAUUGGCAUCUUCAACAUCUUCAGCGACAGGAUCGCGUACGGUGCGCCGAGGGAGGUUGAUCUGAGCGAGGAGGUAAUUGUCAUCACCGGAGGUGUCGACGGCUUGGGUGGAUUGCUCGCCGAUACAUACGGGAUGCGGAACGCGAAUGUGGCUGUUCUGGACAUGAAGAAGGUAGACGACGAAGAAGCCGAAGAGAAGGGCGUGCUCUAUUACCAAUGCGACGUGGGCGAUGCGAAGCAGGUCGAAGCGGCCGUGGCCGAGAUUGUGGAAGAUGCAUGUACCUCAGGCUCCAGAGACGCCCCCAAAAUGCUAAUUACGCACAGCUCGGCGCUCCGACGAUUCUCAUUAACAAUGCUGGCAUGGUACGUGCGAGAUCGAUACUCGAAUCCACCCCGGAAGAAGUUGAGCAGUACGUUCCCCAUGCCUCGCAACAGCACCAUCUUAGAUGCUGACCGCAAAUAUAGGACUUUCCGCACAAACACCAUUUCCCACUUCAACACCCUUCGCGCUAUCCUCCCGCACAUGCUUAGUGAACGUCGUGGCACCAUCGUAACCAUCUCCUCCGUCCUCGGCCGUCUCGGCGCCGCAAACCUUUCUUCCUACACCGCCUCCAAAGCCGCGCUCCUCGCGCUCCACCAAUCUCUCCGCGCCGAGCUCGCGCAGAACCCAGAUGCGAAUGAGAUCAAGACAAUACUCGUUACGCCAGGCCAGAUGGGCACGAAGAUGUUCGAGGGCGUCAAGACGCCGAGCAAGUUCCUGGGUCCGAUCGUUUCACCAGCUGAGGUUGCGAAAAGCAUAAUGAAUCUGAUUGAAAAGGGUGAGAGCGGGGAAGUGGCGCUACCAUUGUAUACGAAGUAUGCGGAGAGCCUAGGCGCGCUUCCGGUAGGAAUACAAGCGUUGCUGAGGAGAUGGAGCACGAUGGACACGGCGAUUGGAAAGUCUGGGAUGGUGGGCAAGUCGGAGAGGAAAGAGCAGUAA